UUGGGUUACCUGUGUCCCGUAGCGGGUUGAUCCUAACCACACAAUGGCACAUGCUUUCAACAAAAUGAAUGAUUUAUCAGUAGUACCUUUUUAGGAAUCCAUGAAGGACGCUGUAAAAGAAACCUUAAAGGAGUGAACACAAUAGCGGACAUUUAAGCUGACAAAAGCUAAAUGACUACUAUGGUACAAGUGGUGGCGAUUGUUCUUAUCUGCUUGGUGACAUGCGCAAUUUGUAUGCCCAUAGAAGCUGCCGGAUCAGGUGAUGGGAACCCUGCAGUACAUGUUGCCCACGAUGAGCCAGGUAAUGCAAUGCGAGAUCACAAGCCGAAGUUCGUGGACAAUAGUAGAGGCGUCUAUAUGCAUGCGCAUGACUUCGGACGCAAACCUGGAGCCCCACGCCAAGCAUUUCAUGCACAGUACAGUCACGCAUCAGGCGGUAUCGGUAAAUCCGACCACAAGCGCUCCCUCAGCGAGAAAAUGAUGAAAAUGUUCAAUGUCAGGUUACCAAGAAGUUAAAAUCUGCAAGAUGCGCACGGGUGAAUGUACGCCAGUAGAGGUGAAACGCACUGUGCUUAGUAUUGAUAGACAAUUACAAAAAUUAAAACUGUAAAACUGUUUUUUAAUAUAUAAUCUUUGUAAAACAGCUCUCGUUUUCAAUAAAAUUGAUAAAAAAUGA